AAAUUAAUUAGUGCUUAAACCUGGUCUGAAGUUGUACAUAAAUAUGGCUUGGGACGUAUCAGUGUUAGGCAAAUUUGGGUUUGACCACUUUUAACAGAGAUGGAGAGCUUCUUCAGCUUCUUGUCUCUGAAAGCCACGUUCUUAUUGAUUUUCUUAGUGAAUUUCUCAGAAGGUCAUAAACAUUACAGGAACAAGGAGGGAGGUGAUGGAGUGCAACCACUUUCCAAGAUUUUAAUCCACAAAACCGUGAACGCGAUUCACGAAAAGGCUUCCGUUCAUGCGUCCCCUCUACUUCUCGGCACCACGGGGAAGGAUUAUGAAUGGGUAACUGUGAAUGUUGUUGGUCCUAAUCCUUCUGCUAAUGACUGGUUGGGAGUCUUUUCUCCAGCAAAAUUCAAUGCAUCAACUUGUCCAUUUACAGAAGAUUACUAUGAGCCAUAUCUAUGCACAGCUCCUAUCAAGUACAAAUAUGCGAACCACUCCAAUGCCAAUUACAACAAGACAGGCAAAAACACUUUGUAUUUCCGGUUGAUCAAUCAACGCGCGGAUUUCGCAUUUGCAUUGUUCUCCGGCGGGCUGUCGAGCCCGAAAUUAGUGUCAAUUUCUAAUGCUGUAGUUUUCGCAAAUCCAAAGGCGCCUCUUUACCCUCGUCUUGCUCUUGGGAAGCACUGGGAUGAAACGACAGUAACCUGGACAAGCGGCUACGACAUCAGUGAAGCUGUACCAUUUGUUGAGUGGGGUUUCGCGGGAGAAGCUCAAACUCGAUCCCCAGCAGGAACAUUGACUUUCCCUCGAGGAAGCAUGUGUGAUGAACCAGCACGAACAGUUGGUUGGCGCGAUCCUGGUUUCUUCCAUACAAGUUUUUUGAAAAAUUUGUGGCCUAAUUCAAAGUACACUUACAAGCUUGGUCAUAGGUUAAACACUGGUUCCUACAUCUGGAGCAAGACCUACAAUUUUACGUCAUCCCCGUAUCCAGGACAGGACUCGUUACAGAAGGUUAUCAUAUUCGGUGACAUGGGAAAGGCUGAGCGUGAUGGUUCAAAUGAAUACGCUGAUUACCAGCCCGGGGCACUCCUUACCACUGAUGCACUGAUCAAGGACCUGGAUAACAUUGACAUAGUCUUUCACAUUGGGGAUAUGCCCUAUGCCAAUGGAUACAUCUCACAGUGGGACCAGUUUACAUCACAGGUGGAGCCCAUUGCAUCAGCUGUGCCUUAUAUGGUUGCAAGCGGCAAUCACGAACGAGAUACACCAAACACCGGAGGCUUCUAUGACACAAAUGAUUCAGGUGGUGAAUGUGGUGUGCCGGCUGAGACCAUGUUUUUUGUUCCUGCUGAGAACAGAGCUAAGUUCUGGUAUCAAACAGACUAUGGGAUGUUCCACUUCUGCAUAGCAGACACUGAGCAUGAUUGGAGGGAUGGUUCUGAGCAGUACAGAUUCAUUGAGAAGUGCCUUGCAGCUGCUGACAGGAACAAACAGCCUUGGCUGAUAUUUGCUGCUCAUCGUGUUCUCGGUUAUUCCACCAACUCCUGGUAUGGCCAGGAGGGUCAAUUUUCAGAGCCUAUGGGAAGAGAUGACAUGCAAAAGCUCUGGCAAAAGUACAAGGUGGACAUUGCAUUUUAUGGCCAUGUCCAUAACUAUGAAAGAAUAUGCCCCAUUUAUCAGAAUCAAUGUGUGAAUUCGGAAAUCUCUCACUAUUCGGGGACGGUGAACGGAACAAUCCAUGUAGUUGUUGGAGGAGGAGGCAGCCACUUAUCGGAUUUCAGCACACUGAAGACAGUUUGGAGUGUUCACCAAGAUCUGGACUUUGGGUACACGAAACUCACAGCAUUCAACCACUCAUCACUUCUGUUUGAGUACAUGAAGAGCAGUGAUGGCAAGGUCUAUGAUUCCUUCACAAUCUCAAGAGAUUACAGAGAUGUUUUGGCCUGUGUUCAUGAUGGCUGUGAACCAACCACUUUGGCUACGUAAUCAAAGUUACAUCUAAUCAAGCCGACUUAUUAGCUUGGAAAAGAGAUUAUCCAUUUAAUUAGUGAAAAUCAGUUUUGAAUGCAAGAAGCAAGCCAGUGAGACUUCUGGUUAUUUUCUAUCAAUGAAUCAUUCCUAUCGUCUUCAUGUUUAAGAAGUUUCGCAUACUAGUUAAAAAUAAAAAAAGUUUUCACAUACUGCCA